AUGGACAUGGACGGAAAGUGUUGGGUACGUGUGGCUGUGAGUGUGCAAAUGGAGAUGACGGUACCAUUAAACCAGACGGUGGCUGUCAUUGCCCAUGCAAAUGUAACAACUGUCAGGACUCGCUCAUAUCUAGUGACGGAACGUGUGACUGCCCGAAUGACAUUUGCCCUGUGUGUGAUUCUGCCUACGAGCCCGUGUGGGAAGACUGUCGUUGUGUUUGUCGUGAGAAGACCCAGUGCGGACUGUACCCAGCCUGUGUACGAGGCCGACGUGGAGAGCAGUGUGACCAGCCGGACUGUGAACCCUGUAGUUUACAGACAGACAACGGGUUGCAAGAAUGUUUCGGCAACGGCGUUUGCACCCCUCAUAGUUACUUCUGUAGCUCUAGGUGCGUUUGCACACGGUUUUGGACUGGCGUCUGUUGUAAUGUCAGAAUGCCAAGGAACAUGGGAGGUGAUCCUCACCUACAGACAGCAGACGGUAUAUCCUAUGAUUACCAUGGUAUCGGGGAAUUCUGGGAUUGUAAGAGUAGAGCUAACGACUUUGGCGUACAAGUCCGGUUCUUUGGCUAUAAACAGGCGUCACUGGUCGGUGCUGCCGCGGUCAAAAUCGGCCACA